AUGAAUGUAGCUCAACAGAUCACACGUGUGACUGCUCGGUCGACACGAGCCAGCAACCGCUCGUUCCUUCCAUCUCGCAGUCACUUCCAUUCGACUUCCUCGGCAGCUGCCAAACCAAAGGUCCUUCUUUUGGACCAGAUCAAGCUGGCGACUCCAGAACUCAAACAGCUAUCGAACAUAGCAGAUGUGGUCGAAUCAAACGCAAAGUCACGGCAGGAGCUCAUCGACAAGUUCAAGAGCGGAGGCGAAUACGCAAAAGUCGUAGGCAUCUACCGCCAUUUCGGAGGGGCUCGCUCCAUCAAGGUCACCGGCCGCUUCGAUCAGGAGCUCGUCUCUCAGCUUCCAGAUUCCCUGCGCUAUAUUGUGCACAACGGUGCAGGCUACGAUCAGCUAGACGUACAGGCCCUCUCAGACAAAGGCAUCCAAGCGUCCAACGUGCCCACGGCCGUAGACGAUGCCACCUCAGAUGUUGCCCUCUACCUUCUUCUUGGCGCUCUCCGACGCUUUCCUCGGGCGAAGUCCCAGAUGAAUGAGGGCAAGUUCAACUCUGCCUUCUCUUUCUUGGACGCUAGGGACCCUCGAGGCAAGACGCUCGGCAUCGUCGGUGCUGGUGGCAUCGGUCGAGCAUUUGCACACAAGGCCUCCCACGCUCUGGGUAUGAAGAUCGUCUAUCACAAUCGCAACCAGCUCGACUCAGACCUAGAAUCGCAGGCAGCAAAGGGUGGUAUGCAAUACUUCAAAACGCUUGACGAGCUGCUCCAAAUCUCCGACGUCGUCUCACUGCACUGUCCCUUCACACCGGCUACCAAGGGCCUCAUCGGCAGAAAACAACUCGAAAUCAUGAAGAAGGACGCCAUCCUCAUCAACACUGCAAGAGGACCCGUGAUCAAAGAGGAGGAGCUGGCCGAGGCCUUGGAGCAAGGCGUCAUCGCCGGCGCUGGUCUCGAUGUUUUCGAAGCAGAGCCCAAAAUUCACGACCGUCUCUUUGCCCUCAAAGACUCCAAGGUCGAACUGCUUCCUCACGUCGGAACUCUGACUUUGGAAACACAAACCGAGAUGGAAGCCGUGUGUUUGCGGAACCUCAUCAAGGGCCUCGAGACCGGCAAGCUCGGCUUCACCGUGCCGGAGCAGAAGGGCGUUACUUUCAAUUGA